UCCGCUGGAGGUAGUUGUGCAGUGGACGUGUUUGCCACGAGGAGCGCUGUUUCCACCUAAACAACAAUCUCUCUUGGUCGCUGGAGGUAACUGAAAGUCGGACGCCAGGCGCAAGUUGUGUUUAGUUGGUGACCUAAAAGCGGGCAGGUAGGCGGGCGGUGUCAAACCUCUGAUUUGUUUCCGCGUUUGUAACGGGAUGUGUGUCAUGUGACGAGUGUUUCAAUCUUGAAGUGUCUGAAUUGUUAUUAAGAAGCCAACGUCUGGAUUCAUUAAUUCCUGUCGUCGUGACAAGAAAAUGUGACUGAAGGCACUCCUGCAGGAUCCAUCCAGACAGGCGACACGAGAUUCCCCGAUUCGGCGAGUUGUAACAGCGAUGCCGCCGACUACGCGAUGAAGGCGGAAGUGAUCGGGUGGGUUGCCACAGCCGUCGGGACGCCCAUAGUCAUCGUGACGCUAUGUUGGACGCUCGUGAUCUUCCAUUGCCACCGCCGAUACUGGCGGGGCACGGACCUCCUGAUGGCCGCCGUCUUGUCGCAAGGCGUCGUGAAGCAGGCAGCGACGUUCGCGUACACCGUCCUGGCACUGCUCCAGACGCUGGAUUCGAACGAGGCUUGGUGUUCGGGGAUCGUGUGGCUCCUGACGUCCAUCCACACCCUGCAAGCAGGAACCCUCGCGACUCUCGUGUUCUCGCGGCUCCUGGCUCUCCGCUCUCCGGUCAGGUAUCGACAGGCCGUGAAGCGCACCCACAUCGUCUACCACCUGGUGUCUCUGUCCAUCCUGAGCUCUUGCAUUGGCGUCGCGGCGGUGCUGGCAGAAUCGAAGCGAGACGCAGGCGUGCAGGACGACGUGGCCAAUUCCACAGUCGCCACUCAUGGCGAGGAAAUGCAACACUGCACGUUUCUGCCUCAUGAGAUGGAUCGAAGAUACGCGGUACUUUCCGUCACACUCCAUUCACUGCUCGACGUUUCGUCAGUAGUUGCCAUUAUCGUUACACUGUUCAGUUGGUGUUGUCUUUAUAGGCGUCAGAAAUCCAAUAUCAGCGUCUCGUCGAUGACGGGAGGUCGUGGAAAUCAUAAGAGGCAGUUGCUGACGUCAUCCUCGGACGUUUCGGCCAUGUCGGAUAUGUCUGUGACAUCGACACGGAAUUGCGGUAGCAGCAAGGGUGGUAAUGUUGGCGUGUCUGCAAAAUGCACGUCGAGUAAUGGUCUCUUCAUGCACGGGUUACUGGCGUCUCAUUUAAGAUACAUUGAUAGCCGCGACGGCAAACCGCAGCCCCCGAAAGCCACCAGUUUGGACGGCCUUCCAACUGUGUCGUGCAGCAGUGGCGACGGGAACUGUUUCCCACCCAACGCCAACAUCGCUCUUGGCACAGAAUUUCCCAGUUCGUCCAGCUGCUACGCCGACAGAUCCACGGACACCUUGAAGUCCUGCGCUGUCAUCUCGAACUACAGCCACACCGCCCCGAAGUCUCUCAUCAGGGGUCAGGGCCCGCACUGCGACGAGAUCUACGGAAACAGCUCCGGGGCCAGCGGAAGUGGACACGCAGAGGAUGGAUGCCGCUGGACAUCGGAGUCUUCUUACGUCUCGACAUCGACAUCGUCGACCAACAGCAGAGCUCCGUGCCUCGCGAGGCAGUCCGUCAGAGACGAGGUCGUGACGGGCCUCGAGGAGCUGAGGCUGUCGUCAGUCGUCCCUGUGCUCGUGCUGUGCUACGCGGUCAACCACCUUCCGGUGCUGGGCCUGACUGCUGUGGGGAUGUUUGCCCCCUCGAUGCUGCCUCAGGUGUGGUCGUUGCCAGCCCUGGUCUUGUGGGCAGGCGUAGCUGAGGAAUUCCUCCUGCCUAUUCUGCUCUCGUUGUGUGACGGCAACUUCACGGCGUGGGUCGCCAACAUUUACACCUGCAGAGACAGGAGAGUGGCGGACUUGGCCAGGCAGCAUCAAGGGCUGGACGGAAAGUUCCGAGUGUUUGGCACGCAGUCUCAGCAUCAGGCAGAGAUUCAGGGCUCCAGUCGACCACAGUCCCAGCAUCAGCAUCAGCAUCAGCACUUGCAGCAGGAACCCGCCAAGUUCCCCAUCACAAAUGGCUCCCUCUUUACCAGCGUCGAUGGUCGACUGCCAAUAAUUCACAACUACAGGAGGGCCAAAGGUGUGAGAACACGUGGAGCUGUGCCGUCUUACAACAUCAACGUGGGUCGGCCAGGAGCUCAGACGCGGAGAAAUGAAUUACUUCAGACGCUUAUCAAUUUCAGUUCUGCAUCCACAGAAAAUCAACAUUCAGAUAUUUUCAAACGACGAAUAUGUACAAAUGAUGAUAUUUGUAAGCUAUCACGAAAUUUUUCAGAAUUUGAAGUGUAUUUGCCUACUGAAAUGGAUUCAGUCGAGAAGAAAGAUACAGACCAAGUCGGUAAGAAUUCCACACAACAGAGUGGAAGUGGGAAUUUGCUGACGGAUUUUGGAAUCGGAAAUUUAAAUUCGCACCUUCCGUCAUCAGACUGUGAAGACGACUUAAAUUCUGAAGAUCUUAAUGAUGAUGAUGAUGAUGAUGAACCUAUCUGCGCCGCCCUUUCUUCACGCAGCUGCUGCUCCGCCACUACUGCAGCCAAUGACGACUUUGAAUUCUUUCAGCAUGAACAGAAAACUUCCAGAUUUGAAGGUGCGGAGAAAGAUUUUACACGCGAACCGCAGUCUGAGGAGGGAAACCGUGGCCAGUCUUUGCUUUCCGGGCACCAAAGAGAGACGCUUGGACAUGAGGACAACGCGCGCCAGUCUUAUGGGCGUGCAGACGAAAACAGCGAAGUUCUGAAGCUCGUGCUGCCAUUGAUACAGUCCUACCAAAAUAGCAACAACACAACACGCAGUGGAGAAAAUCGACCGCGCUGUCAGAACGCAAGUGACAUUUUAAAAGCUGUUAUACAAAAUGAACUGGGCAAUAACAAAUGUGACGUCUUUUUGAAAAACAGCGGCGAUGGCACGAGCGAGUCCAAGAGGAAAAUUUCUAAUUCUUGCAAUCAUCAGACUGAGUCGAAUUUCGAGUCCACGUGUGUGCAGGAUUUGGAGAGUGAGGAUAAGAAAGGAGCUGCUCCCCUUGGAAGCAGGCAUGAACAUCUGAACUCGAGGAUACCACAUGUCGGCAAAGUGACCAGGAAACAGAGGGCCGAGAAGGGAAAUAUUCUGCCAGGGUCACUGUCUCUGAACAAUCUGGACCAACUGCUGUUAGAAGAGGACGACGAAGACUUGGUUGCCCGUAGCGGAGUGAGUCCUCAGGAAAAGACGAGAAACGAAUCUCGGACCGAUUCUUCUGACGAACGAGAGGUGGUUUUAGAACUUCCGUUGAAGAGCGAAUCUGUGCUAAGUUUGUAUCAGCUUCAUCUGGACAGGGAACCGCCUGUCAUCACCGCUAGUUACAAAGAAGCUGUAACUAGACCGUUCUGUAAGCAGAUCCGAGGAAACGACGGCGUCUCGGCACGACCGACGCCUCUUCUGCGCCGUUCCGGUCACCAGAUACCUCCCGCAAGAAGACUCUGCAGGCAGAAACUUCCUGCGCCGGUUCUGUCUUUCGAAUCGCUUACGACGGCCCUCAGUUGUGCCGCGGUGUCGUACUUGGACAACGGAGAUCUGUGCAGACACGGGAGCGUUCCUGACUUAAAGAGAGUCUUUGUGUCCGACUACAUAUGAAUGGUUUGGAGAGUAAAGCUGACGAAACUGGUCUGGAGUCCCAGGAUUGGGCGUGCAGAUGUUAGAGUUAAAGACAAACAACACGUGAUUAGAUCUUUUGUUGUUGAUGAAAUGCCAGCGGCUGAUUGCAUUUGGUCUCCAGUAUCCAUUUUCACUGCAAGUAUUACGCAAGAAGAAGUA